UCAAUGAUGACGUAACUUGUCCAAGUGUUGAUGAUGAAUUGAACCACGAAGCCGAUCCUUUACUUCGCAAUGGUUCAUACAAGCAUUUGACAACUCGGACAAAUGAAGAGACAUUAGACAGAAGAAAGAAAUUUAUUGGGUGACUUGCAGUCAUAAGGUAAGGAGGAUGUUGGGUCAGGCAGUCUUGACGCGUUCAUUGUGUCUGGGGGCAUGGCUCUGAGAACGAUUGUAUGAAGAUUUUCUUCUGCAAUUGUUUAGAGUAAACUGUCCGAUCUUUUUUACUCAACAUCCGUUGAAGAUUGUGCGUUCGUACAAGCAGUAUAUGUAUGAGGUGGAUGGCACGUUCUAUCUUGACUGUAUCAACAAUGUUGCUCAUGUCGGUCAUUGUCAUCCGGAUAUUGUGAAGGCCGGGCAGCAACAGAUGGCAACACAGAGCACCAACCUGCGUUAUCUUCACGACGCAAUGAUGGAUUAUGCGGAGCAAUUGAUAUCAACGUUUCCUGGAGACAAGAUGAAGAAAGUGUUUUUUGUCAACAGCGGGACCGAGGCGAAUGAGUUGGCACUUUGGUUGGCUCGAGUUCACACGAAGAAACAGGGAGUUGUAAGCGUGAGAGGAGGGUAUCACGGGCAUUCGAAGCUGAUAGUUGAUAUCAGCUCGUACAAGCAUGAGGCAUGUGGAGGAGAUGGUCCUGGUGACUUCUGUAAUGUGGUUGAUUGUCCGGAUGUUUACUAUGGGAGAUAUCGAGACCCAGACACAGCAGGUGAGCUUUAUGCUGGUUUAGUGAAGGACGCGAUAAAGCAAUUGGAGAGAAGUGGGCAAGGCGUGUGUGCUUUCAUUAUGGAGAGCAUCAUGAGUUGUGGUGGUCAAAUUGUGCCUCCAUCCGGAUACCUGAAGCAUGUUUACAGGCAUAUUCGUGAUGCCGGUGGUCUUUGCAUCGCUGAUGAAGUCCAAGUUGGAUUUGGGAGAGUUGGAAAACACUUCUGGUCAUUUGAAGCCCACGAUGUUUUUCCUGAUAUUGUGACUUUGGGAAAGCCGAUGGGUAAUGGUCACCCGGUGUCAUGUGUUGUUACAACUGAGGAGGUUGCACGAUCAUUUGCCAACUCGAAGAUCAGAUAUUUCAAUACGUUUGGCGGUAAUCCCGUCUCUUGCACCAUUGCCAAAGCCGUACUAGAUACAGUCAUCAAAGAACGACUACAGGAAAACGCCCAGAACGUCGGAUCGUAUCUCGUCGAUCGACUGAAGAGUUUGCAAACGGAAUGUCCAAUAAUCGGUGAUGUGAGAGGCAUGGGACUGAUGAUAGGAAUAGAACUGGUGAAAGAUAGAGAGACACGAGCAGCGGCAUCGGACGAAGCCAAAGCAGCUGUAGCAUGGAUGAAGGAGCAUCAAGUUUUGUUGAGUGUCGACGGUCUGAGAGAGAAUGUGAUCAAAAUCAAACCUCCCAUGUGUUUCACACGCAAGAAUGCCGACACGGUUGUCGACCUUCUUCGCACUCAUUUUACUGAGAUGAGCCGCAAACGUUAGAGGAAGGAGCAGAGGAGAGACAACUCGUCACUCAUGGAACUGGAACUCGACAUCCAUGCUCAUAUUGCUUGCUUCCUAUCACUGUGCAUGCUUGUUGCACGAAGAUGACUUACGUUUGUAAUAGCAUUGACUCGAAGGGAUUGUGUGGUCCUGUUGGCUACAUGAGAGGUGUGCUAGACAGACGUCACAGUUUGAUGUUGAACUGUCAUUCA